CCUCCUCCUCAACCCUCAAAACCCUCCCAAACACCGCCCAUCCCCUCUUUCCCGGCUCUUUCUCAAUUUAGUACCCUAGUUUUCCGUCUCAGUCCGUCUUAUCCAAGUGACUGGAGAUCGGUCACAUGGAGAUCGACGCCGUGCAUCUGUGCGGGUUACCAGGAGGGUUACAGGAGUCCUCCUGGUCCGUGGUAGGCACGCGGAAGGAACCUCCUGGGGUGUUCAUAGGCGCCUCUAGGGUCGACGAUUCCACUAUCCUGCUCUCCAGGCAGUCCGACGGCGCGUCCACAUUCUCCGUCUCUUCUCGGACCCGGCUUCGCGCGUGGCCUCUGGGUCCGCCCUCGCACCGCUUCGCCUCCCCGUGUGUCUCCGACUGGGCCUCCCGGCGCCACUACGCGCUGCUCCAGGGUAGGGGGGAGCAGGGGGGCGCGCAGGAUCAGGGGGAGCAGGGGAGGGGGGAUGAGCAGAUGGUGGUGAGCUGGCCCUUCGGCGCAUCCUCCAUAGCGCCUUCCGCGCUCCUGCACAAAACAGGAGCCGCGGAUGGCUGUCACGCGAUGGAAGCCGAUAGGCCGAUCCACUGCCUGUUCCCCUUGACGGCUAACCGAUCGUCCGAUGAAGCAGACGGCAAGAAGCCAUCAGACCAGACCACACCCGGCACCAGCACCACCACCACUGCUACCGCCACUCCCACCGCUUCUGCCGACACCUCUAGCCUCCCCUCCUCCCCCCAUUCCUCCCUCACCCACCCCUCUCCCCCCCUCCCCCCCUCCGGGGGUGUUCUCGCCCUCUGCGCGGACGGGUCCAUCCGAACCUACUCCCCGGACCUCUCCCUGACCUCGUCGCUCACCGAGCCUGCGGACGGACCGAAGGUUCGGGUGGAGGCAGCAGGUUCGGGGAGUUGGGUUGGGCACACGGGUGAUGGAACGGGGGAGAGUGAGUGGGUGCUGGCGGUGGUGGUGGGGGAGGAAGGGGAGGGGAAGAGGGAUGGGCGCAAUGAGGAGGAAAGUAAGAGCAAGAGCGGUGCGACAAGGGUUGUGAGGCUGUACCAUGUGGUGUGUGGGGCGGCCGGUGCAGACACGACAGACGUGGAUGUGAUGGCGCGAGGCGACGCGCAUGGGGAGGUGCCUCUAGUGAAGGUGACUCUGCUGAAGACGUUCAGGGUCAGGAGUCCGGGGCAGAAGCAGGAGGAGGAAGGGGCGGGGGGGAGGCAGGAAGCAGGGGCUGCAGCAGCAGCUGCGGUUGGUGGUGGUGCUGGUGGCAGCAGGGCAGAGGGACCCAGUGUUGUGGCUCUCUGCGUGGGUGACGCGGGAGAGAUCACGCUCCUAUGGAGUGACGCCACGUGGCAGUGCUUCCCCAACGCCAUCCUGCCCUGCGCCCCGCCGUCUGACACCCCCAAGGACGCCGUUACUCCCCCCGCUCUCCUGGAACCUUCCCUGGUACGGAGCCUUGCAGUGGCUGCAACACAGGUGGUACCUGGGGGCGGCGCCACCCACCACAUGAUCCGCUCAUCUACCCAUGGGAGAGUGGCAGCUGUUGCCAUGGCUGCUGUGCCCGAGACUCGCUACUGCGUUGUCCUCGCUGCCAAAACCCCCUCAAACCCCAAACCCCCUGCAAACGCCAAACCUCCUCUAAACGCCGCAGGCGACACACCCCCCUCGCACCUGCCGCUCUAUGCUAUCGCCUUGGAUACGCUCUUUGGCUGCGUGCACGCCUGCACCCCCCUCCCCUCCUCCUGCUCCCUCCCCUCCUCCCUUCCCCCCUCCCCCCUCCCCCUGCCCCUCAUUCACGUUGAAUGGGUGGGCCCGUCCCCAGAAAACGCCUCCCUGCUGGUUACGACGCCAACUGCAGUGCAUUCCUUGCACGUGCACUGCCCCCCUCUCUCCCUUGCGUCGGUCUUAGGUGCUUUCCAACCUGCUGUCCCCCUGCUCUUGCCCAACGAACCUGCUUCCGAGCCUGCUUCCGGAGCAGCAAGGGCUGCUUCGGUGAAAGCAGGGGGGGUGUCGGCAGGUGUGGUAACUGCAGGGUGGGGUGGUUUGGCUGCUUCUGCUGCCAGGGCGGCUGGCUUGGCGCUAGCAGACAAGCAAGGGCCGGGCGGCAGCAAUCCACUCCAGCCGACUGGGUGCUUUGUGGGGCCCAGUCUCCAGGACUCUGGUUUGGUGAAGAACCUUCCAGGAAGGAACGUGGGGGAGGAGAGUCAGGGGGGGGAGGACGAAGGGAAAGGGGGAGCGGAUGGGGGGAGACCGACAGGAGAAGGAUCGAAGUCGGGAGGAGGGGAAAUGAAACGGAAGCAGAAAGAAAAGAAGAAGACGAAGAAGACACGUGGAAAGGCAAGGUUUGGCAAGUUGCAUGCGGCGUUGAACCUGUCACGCGCUGCGGAUGGCAGUGGGCGACAGUGGUUGUCUUUUGUGGGCAGCGAGGCGGAGAUGGCUCUGCUGCUUGCGCUGGAGGGUAUGGCUGCGAGGGGGAGGGAGGGGGUGGAGGGGGGGAUGUCGCCAGGGAGAGAGCGUGCGGAGGACGGGGAGGAGAAGAGGGAGGAAGGGGAGGAGAUGGAGGAGGGAGAGGCGGAGGAGGAGGAGGAAGAUGAGGCAGAAGAGGAAGAAGAGGAGGAAGAGGUGGGAGAGGAGGGAGAGGAGGGAGAGGAGAGAGAGGAGGAAGAGGAGGGAGAAGGGGAGGGAGAGGAGGCUGAAGAGGAAGAAAACGAGGAGACAGUUGAGGAGGAGGACGCGUACCAGAGGGCAUUGGAGCAGGCAGAUGGCAUGGCGCAGGGGAGCAGCAGCAAGGAGCGGCAAGUCCCCUCCAGUGAACACCAGCACGAGCUGGCCCGUCUCAUCCUGGACUGCGCCCAGCAGCUGUGCCGGGAGAGUGGGCUACCACCCAAGGCUGGCCCGAACCCAGCCAACGCAGGUUCAAACCGCCAGAAUGCGUUGGCAGCAGCGGUGACCGAAUCUGUGCGUCUCUUCUCGCCCUCCGUCGUGUCAGCGCUGACUCAGCAUGCGCUGGCACGCUCCCAUGGCAUGCUGCUCCGAGCCAUCAUCAGCUCCGGCCAGGUCACCUCGGCGCUCUGCCCGAACCUGGUGCCGAGCCUGGUGGCUCGGCGGGAGGCGGUGGUGCUGGAGAGCUGUCUGGUGCACGUGGGGGACCUGCCUCCCCGGCACCUGGCCCUCAUCUUGCGCCAGCAGCUGGAUGCUGCUGUGGCCCACGGUGGGCACAAGGGAGCGAGGAGCACAGGAGACAAUGCAGAGAAAGAGGGGAAGGAGGAGAGGAUGGGAGGGAGGGAGGGAGGGGAGGUGGAUGGGCAGGGCGGGUUCAGCAGAGUGGCGGGGCUGAGGAGGCUGAGGGGCAGGAGCGCCAUGGCAGGUGUGCGGGCAGUGCUGGCAGGCGUUGCGCAGGGCUCAAAGGAAUCCAAGCAGCGCUUUCAGGCCAGGUUCCAGUCCUUGCUGGCAGCUGCGCUGACGUCAUCUGCUGAGCUGGAUGCGUUCACCGAUGCCGAGCUCGCCCUCCAUACAGUUGUCGCCGUGCCAUUCGACGACACGAUUCUCGCGGCUGCCCUGGCGCCGCUCUCCCUUCCGCACGUCCACUUCCUCUUCUCCUAUUUUGCCAAGUGGGUCGACGUGUACUCUGCCCGCGGCUUUGCUGCUGAAUUCCCAGCCUACUCGGUUCACGACGCCAGGCCAUUCCUCCCUGUUCCCCGCCUGGAGAGGAUAUUCACCUGGGUGUCGACUCUCGUCGAUUGCCACAUCACCCGGCUGCUCAUGCUCCCGGAUUGCCUGGAGCCAAUCGCGCGGCUCCACCGGUGCAUCAUGGAGCAAGCGUCGGUGGAUAGGAGGCUCACGCCGCUGGUUGGGUUUGUGCCGCAUGUCUUGGCGGGGCUUCCUCUUCCUGAGAAGCAACCGAAUGGAUAUGGUGGUGAUGGCAGUGGAGGUGCUGAGAAAUUUGGGUUGGCUGUCCAGGUUGUGGAGCUGGACCUUUGAGGCAUGCGCGUGAUGUUAUUGCCAUGGCAAUGCAUUCGUUCAUGGGUAUUUUCUUCCGGUAAAAGGUUUUUCCUCGGUCAUGUAAUACGCGUACUGUUAGUUGUGCAUUCGAUCAACCAACGUAUUCACCCCUAGCUGGAGGGUCCCCAAAAAAGCCACCCACUGAACUUGGGAAUCUUUCUUGCGGUCGAUAUAUUCUCGCGUAAACUCUGUCGUUGAUUGGUCAUUCUGGUUCUAGCCCUCAU